UGUGAUCGUCCAGUGCAAUGUUUUUAUGUCACUUCUUUGUUGUGAUUUGUUGUCUGCAUGGGUCUUAAUGAAGAGAUUAAUUGGUUACUUUAUGCUUUUUGUAUGAAAUAAAUUGGUGUUACUUUUGCGAGAUUCUCUUGCUACUGCUUUGUUUGGGGUUGUGGAAUUAAAGGACAAUUAGAAACAAAGUCUGCUUGAAGAACAGAGUGUCUAUUGAAUAGAGUUACUUUUUUACCUACUAGAAAAAUUCCUUCUUUCUAAUGAAGUCACAUCUUUCCGUACUUGAACUCCAGUCAAGUAGUUUAGAUCAUAAGCUAUCUGCUUAGACAAAAUCCAAACUUCGAAAUGUUAAAUCAAGAACAAAGAAAGUUUCCAGGCGAGUAUGCAUCGCCUCUUAGGUAUUCUUUGUGAAUCUUUUGGAGCCCAUUCAAAAUUGCUUUUGGCUUAGGAAGAAAGCUUUAGCACAUUGUUGGGAUCAUGUGCCACAAUCAGACAUAAACAUGUAUUGUAAUAGUUAAUAAUUCUGUAGCAAUUGGAAGUUAAAUCUAUUGGAAAUGUUAGUUAUGUGUUACAGUUACUCCAAAAUCUAAAUGGUGACGCAUACAUACUAAGGGAACAUUUUGUGAUUUGGGAUUAAAGUGCUUGGUGAAUUGGUGAAUCCUUAAAAUAGAAGUUCUCAGGACACAAUCACGGUUAUUUGGUAUUAGAGCAAUUGCACGAGAGUAGUAGAAGAGAGCUGUACGUGGAUGGAAUUUUGGAAAGUGCCUCUUGUAGCAAAGCUGGGAAGCACAAAGAUAUUUCCUCUGUUUUACAGUUGAAAUAAUAAAUAAAGUGUAGAACCAUUCCAUAUGUCUUAACAUUUACCUAUUUGCUAUUUACUUUUCUGUUUAAUUCUUAUAUGGAAAUUUUCUACUAUCAUUGUUAUACUCUAUGCCUCAUAAAAAUAUAAAUAAUUAUGAGUUGGUUUUGAGGCUUUAGGGUUCGGGCAUGUGAAGAGGAGAUGCAUGGAUGCCCCAGUGCGGAGGUGUGAGAGGUUGGCUAUGGAUGGUUUAGGAGAGGUAGAGGUAGGGCGAAAAAGUAUCUGGGAGAGGUGAUUAGACACGAUAUGGCGCAAUUUCAGCCUACCGAGGACAUGACCUUAGAUAGGGGGUUGUGGAGGAGACGGAUUAGGGUAGAAGGUUAGUAGGUAGUAGAGCGUUGUCUCGCUUAUCCUUCCAUACUAUUAGUUGUAGCAUUACUCCCGUAGUUUCUUGUCCUUCGAUUUUUGUCACUAUCCAUUGUUUCUUGUACUUCUAUUACCAUAUAUUUGUUGUAGCUACUAUUCCUCAGAAUGCUUUGACAUGCUUUCUAUAGUAUUUUGUCAUGGCUUUUUCGCUUCCGCUAUUUCUUUUUCGACUUGCUUUGAAAUGUUUUUCCUUGAGCCGAGGGCUAUUGGAAACAACCUCUCUACCUCCCAAGGUAGGGGUAAGGUCUGCGUACACUCUACCCUCUUAGACCCCACUUGUGGGAUUACACUGGGUAUGUUGUUGUUGUUGUUGGUUUUGAGGCUUUAGGUUCUCAACCACUUGAAAGACUUGGGUUUAAGCUUGUAAGCUAGAAUGAACCCAACAAAUUUUCUUGGCUAGUGGAUGGUGGUCUCAAGUUUUCAUAGUGGCUGUUAGAAUGUGCUUUCAGCCAGAAGUGUAAUUCAUCACCGGUUGAUAAAAUCCUACGAUCAGGUAUAACAAGGAGAUAAAAGUUUUGACAGGGGAAUAAUGUUAUACUGCUCCAAUUUUGGAAUAUUUACAGAAUGAAAUUAAACGUGUAUGUUUGGUGAGGAAACAAGAAUCAGCAAGUUGUUUGGGCUACUAGCUAUAACCAGAUUGUUACAAUUACUGUUUGUUGAUACAAUCUUGUAUAAGUUGUUCUAUCUCCUGGUAAAUACACUUUUGUAUGACAAUAUUUAAUAAGUCGCCAUUAAUUUGUAUCAUCAUAUAAGUGUUUCUGUUUUAUCAUCCUUAGUAGGAUUUUGUUCAUCCUAUAAAUAAAUAAAAAAGAAUUUAUCUUCUCCGUUCUGGCAGCUGCAGAGUUCUUUACUUAAUGAAGAGUGUUUUUUCGUCAUUUCUAGUUGAUACUAUCUGUGAUCUUAUGACCUCUUCUUUAAACAGUUCAAUAACGGUCCUCCAGCUCCAACGUAUGUGACCUGGUCAAUUUAUUGUCAUUUGAAUUUCCUCUUAGAUCCGUCUUGCUCCUCGUUUCCUGACUAUGCUAUGGUAGCGCAGAGUUUGAAUUUCUCUGGACUGGGCUCUUGGUGGGCUCAGUGAGAAGGGAAUCUUUGUUUGGGCCCUUCAGUUGGAAAGUCUGAACUGCUGAGCUAGCUUCAGUACUCAAAAUUCUCUAGAAAACCCAUAUUUGUUGUUCCAAAUGCUCAGACAUUCAUAUUCUUUCCUACUUUAUUUCCACGAUCUCUGUAAGAUUGGAAUUUACUAAUAUAACCCGACUUGCUAAUAUCCAUAUAUAUAUAUAUAUAUAUAUAUAAGGAUAGAGGGUUAAGACAUUAGGUUUCACUUCAUUGUUCGUGUCGCCACACUCUUGCAAGAUACCUAGCCACAUGGAGAAGCAACAGAUUGAGAAGUUGGAGAGGGAAAGUAUUGAGAAGUUGGCGAAGGAAAGUAUUGAGAAGUUGGAGAGGGAACAGGCUGAGAAGUUUCAGAGGUAUGCAGUUGAGGGCAGAAGAUAUUUAAUGUCCAAGUACUUCUCAGACAAGACGAUAUUUGGAGGAAACAUAUUUGAAGUAAAAAUGACCAAAGAUGGAGAAACCACAAAAAUGAGCAGGUUUCCUGGUUACCAGUCGUAUGCAGACCCUGCUAAUUUUGGUGACGGUAGCAGUAGCAAGUCAAUUUCUACAGGUGUCAAAAAGACUAAAGAUGGAGAAACCACAAAAGUGAGCAGGUUUCCUGUCUACCAGUCUCAUGCAGACCCUGCUAAUUCUGAUGAUGAUAGCAGCAGCGAGUCAAUGUCCUUUUAAGCACAUUACCUAGUAUAUGGGACAAUGUUGUCUUCUAAUUGAAUUCAGUAAGAGGAUCCAAGCAAUCCAACAAACAUUUGAAAUUAUGAAAGUCAUUCAAAGGGUUUAGGGAUUAUAAGUUUCAUGCUUCGUCCUCAAGCUUUGAUCAGUUUAUUGAACAGUUGUUUUUGGCCAGAAUCAAUAGUCCAUCAACUACUCCAUUUUGUGCCGACGUAUUAGUCAUACUUAUUUGUGACCCCCUUUCUUCUUCUUCUUC